GAUAUUUCGGGUAAUUGGCACUGGAAGCUUCCAGCCUUCUUCACGGCGCACAUAAGCGGCGGAUUAUGGUUAAAUCACACCCGGGCAGCCUCCUCCCACCGUAAACAUUUUAAGAGCCAAAGCUCACCCCUUAAUUCGAUUUUUCUCUUUUAAUUCAUGAAAAUUCCCCUUUUCCUCUCUCUGCCAAACCCUACAUCCCUUCUCUUCUUCCAUUUCCGAUCUCUCUCGGUCAUUUGAUAAGGUAUCGAAAAAGAUGGAAAAUAUGCAGUAUGCCGAGGAACUUGUGAGAGAAUUUCUUGUCUUCAGAGGAUUUACUAAUACUCUGCAAGUAUUUGAGGCUGAAUUAGGCACAGAUAUCGGUAAAGGGUUCCAAGUGGAUAAGAUUUUAGACUUAAUAUUCUCUGUAUACAUACCCAAAUUUGAGGCAGAAAAAUUAGUUUGUCUGUUGAGCUUUUUCAAGAAGUGCUUUUCUUCCUCGUCUGAGACAGUACUUAUUACUACACUGUCUAAAUUGGAGGUCUCUAUUCUACGAUGCUACAUCUCUCAUGCUAUACAAUCAGGAAGGAAGGAUAAAGUUGUAGAGUUGUUUGAUAUGAAUGGCAAUGAAUUUUUGAAGAGGGACGAGGAUUGGACUGCAUGGUUUGCCAUUCCAUAUAUAAAGAACCCAAACUUGGAUCCUGAAUUUCGAAUAUAUUUCUCAAAGGAAUGGUAUGAGGCCUUGCGUCUUUCUGUGCGGAACUUCUUCAGUGAGAUCUUUAAUGGAACUCGCCUCCCUGCCCUAUUAAAGAUCAGUUCAGAGAAGAACACUGCCAACCGUCUCAAAAAGGAUAUCAAGCAACUCAAUCUUAAGUUAUCACAACUUCAAGCUUUAUUGGAGGAGAAAGAUGCCCAAUUAUGUCGAUUAAGGAGUAAUGCAUCAUCAGUAUCAGAUGGAAGCACAGGAAAAACUAAUGGUUCAUCAAGCAUUGCUCAUGUAGAAGAUCCUCUUAUAUUGAGAGAUAAUCAGGAAGGCUAUCCUCUUGCUAGUCCAGGAUUGGUUGGAAAAAUGUUGGAUCAAGAUUUUGUUGCUGGACCUUCCCACGUUCAAUCAGAGCUCAACAUGCCCAAAUAUUUUCAUGACUCAAUUACUUCUUCAGUUCUUAGUAUGGCAGAUGGUGAAACAGGUGAUACCAGUCAAAUCUGGCAGGAUGGCGCCUAUUUUGAAAAUGGCAAAGAAGUUCACGUAGAAGAUGAAUUUCCUGAAGUUAAAGUCGACUUUCAGGAGACUUUUUUGGGGCAUACGAGUCCGAUCAGUCGAUGCCGCUUUUCUGCAUCUGGGAGCAAUAUAGCCAGUGCUUCUGUGGAUGGGACAGUAAGGAUAUGGACAUACGACUCUUCAACUCCAGCAUCGAGAAAUGCAACCAUUUAUUGUGGGGCAGAGAUAAUGUCCCUGGACUGGGAGUGUAAAUCUGACCGCUUGCUUCUCAUAGGCACUGCUGAUGGAGGUAUUAAAGCAUGGAAUGUUGAUGCAAAGAGAGUUGUCUGUGAUCUCAGCACAGCCGAAGCAUUUCCAAGUGUCUUGGACCUGAAGUGCAGCCCUGUAGAACCCCUUUUUGUGUCUGCGGCAGCAUCAAGGGGUCAUGGCUCAAGCUUUAUUGACAGUUUGGGCUGUGCUUCAUUAACUGUAUGGAACAUGAAAACCUGGAAGGCUGUGACAGUCCUUCCUCUAGGUAGAGAUCCACCUGCAAUUACUUCCCUAUGCUUCAAUCACAAUGGAAAGAUUUUAGCCGCUUCUGCUACCGAUGGAAUGAUUCACAUGUUUGACAUGGCUGCUGGUCUGCAAAUUACUGGUUGGCCUGCACAUGAUUCUGGUAUAAGCUCUAUUCUUUUUGGACCUGAUGAGACAAGCAUUUUUAGCUUGGGUUCAGAUGGAAAGAUUUUUGAAUGGAGCUUGCAGAACCAAGGUCAAGUUCUAUGGUCAAGAAACUGUAGUAGGUUCUGUCUCCCUGAGAGCUCAAAAAUUUGUAGACAUGAAAUGACUUUAGAUGCUAAUGGGAGGAGACUGUUGGUGACAUCCGGUUCUGUAAGAGCGCCCAUAUAUCAGGUUCGUGGUCAUAGAAAUGGGUUGAGAACUCUUCCACACAGUGCUGCUAUAACAACUGUUGAUUGGCACCCGACUUUACCCAUUUUCGUUACUGGAUCAGCUGAUAACUCGGUACGAGUAACGGCUACUUUGUAAAUGCUUCUCACUUCUACAUUGUCUUUAUGCUUGGUCAGUUAAGAGCGUUCAAUGUAGUUUCUUUUGUUUGACAUUAAUUUUACCUGGUCUGCAUCCGAGAAGACUAUGUUGUAUGGAUGUUGUACUUUAUUGAUUCGCAUUAACCAUUCGUUGAUAUAUUAAUUUGUUUGUCUCAA